AUGAAAAUGCAGAUGGGUUUUAUAUGUCUUGUUUGUUUUAUGAUGAUAAACAUUGGUGUUACUAGAGCAACUAUAUGUUACGAAUCAUGGAAUUUCACAACAAAUAGCACCUAUGAGAAGAACAGGAACAUGAUCCUCUCAUCUCUUGCUUCUAAUGUAACUCUACGUGAUGGUUUUUUUUAUACUGCAACUAUUGGCCAAGAGCCUGACAAAGUUUAUGCUCUUGCUCUUUGUAGAGGGGACUCUUUGUUAGAAGAGUGUGCUGAUUGUGUCAGUUCUUCAGCCAAAGAUAUUAUGAGGCAGUGUUUGAACCAGAAAGAAGCAGUGGCAUGGGGAGGGACAUCCCAGAGCAUUGUACGCUAUUCAAACCGUUCUAUUUUUGGAAUAAUGGAGGCGGAUCCUAUGGCUGGCGGUUGUGAAGGGAACAACAUUAAUACAACAGAUACAGCGCAGUUUAACGAGACUUGGGUGAGUUUGAUGGAGGGCUUGGUGAUAAAUGCUUCUACUGGGUCCAAUCACCCUAGGCGUAAGUUUGCAACUGGAAACGAAAAUUUUUCAUACUUUAUGAAGAUAUAUGCAUUACUGCAGUGUACUCCAGAUAUUUCUCCAAGUGAUUGUGAAGAUUGUCUACGCCAAUCUAUAUAUUACCGAGAGGAUCAUGAUCAAGGGCAGACAGGUUGCCUCAUUAUGAGACCUAGCUCGAAUUCAGAUCCUACACAGAAUCCGUCAAGCCAUUCUUAUCUUCAUCCAAAUGAAAAUCCUACAGUUGUCUUGGUUACACCUGUUCUCAAUGACACCAACUAUCAUUCUUAG